AUGGCAACCGAACACACACCGCUCUUGGGCCGCUACAGCUAUGGCGACAGCGACGAGUAUCCACCGGCCGCCGUCGACCCCCACGAGCAGUUUUGCAUGAUGGUAGGCAUACCGUCGUCGGCCCCAGACGCCGACCAGCAGCGGCGGUACCAACAGCACCAAUCGGUCCCGCGCAAGUCGCUGUACGGGCGCGUGACUCGGCAGCUCAGGCACCAGACGUGGACGUACUACACGACGGCGUCGCUGUCCAACGCGAUGCUGCUUUCGCAGGUGGUGCUCGGGGCGGCGCUCACGGCGCUCGGGGCCUCCGAGUCGUCGCACAUCCUCAUCACCGUCUUUGGGGCCAUGAACACCGUCAUAGCGGGAUUGGUGGCGUAUCUCAAGUCGCGCGGCCAGCCGAUGCGCGCCCGCAUGUACCGUGACGACCUGGAGCGCGUGGUCGACGAGAUCGAGAACUCCGAAGUCAUGUGGCUGGGCAUCUCGCGCCACGUGCAUGGCUACGACGAGAUAGACACCGACGACGGCCAGGUCAGCGUGCGCAGCGAGGUUGCCAGGCUGACCCGCCUGUACGACCGCGCCGUCAGGAACAACACCAUAAACAACCCGGACAUGUACAUGGCCAACGGCGGCGGCUACGACGGCCACGGGGCACAGUUGAGGUCGAGGCCCGGCGUGGCGCUGCCGCCGCAGCUUCAGGGUGGUGGUGGUGGUGCGGUGGUGCCUAUCGCAGCGGCACCUCAGCCGGUUGUCGUGGCGGCCCCGGUGGUUCAGCCCAACUUGCCACAACCGACCACUACUGCACCGGCUCAGAAUGAAACUGUUCGUGAUCCUGAUGAGAGUCCUGCAACGGCUCCACCGAAGCCGAAAGAGGCUGAUGACGGCGGCAAGAAGGAACAGUCUAAGAAAGAGACAGACGAAGAUAACAAAGACAGCAAGGCAGACAACUCUGGUGGCGAUAAUGGCACGAGUAGAGAGAAGGACAAGGAUGGAGGAAAGGAUUCGGCCGAAGAUACUAAUACUAAUAAAAAAGAAGGCGAUUCGUCUUCGUCUUCGUCUUCGUCUUUAGCUCCGAAAGGAGGUGCCGCCGAUCCAUCCCCCGUCGAAGGCAGCUCAUCACAACCUCAAUCACCACCAACACCUCCUACGGAACAUGACCCAGACGCUUCACCAGCAAGUGAUCCGAACGUGCCUUUGAAAAAGACCUAA